AUGCUAGUCAAAGAGUUUCGGAUACCACUGCCUCUGGAGGUAGAGGAGUUCCGAAGAGGACAACUGUACUCGGUUGCUGAAGCUAGCAAAAAUGAAACUGGAGGUGGAGAAGGCGCUGAGUUUGUCAAACAAUAUGAUUUCUUCGAUGAUCCCUCGAUUCUGCCUGGAAAGACGUUGUCUGGCACCUAUACCUACAAAAUAUAUCGACUUAAGUCAAAAGCUCCAUGGGUGCUACAGAAGAUAUUCCCGAGUGAAGCUUUCGAAAUCCACGAAGAGAGUUGGAACGCUUAUCCAUACUGCAAAACGAUUUUAACGAAUCCUGGUUAUAUGGGCUCAAACUUCUCACUAAUAAUCGAAUCUAUUCAUCUUCCAGACAAUGGUUGUUCUGAUAAUCCACUGAAUGCUCCAGAAAAACGGGAGAUCAUUUACUUGGACAUAUGCGACGACAUCAUCCUUGGUAAAUGCCAAUAUAAUCCGGAUACAGACCCGAAGCUGUUCAUUUCGGAACGGACAGGAAGAGGGCGACUCAAACCGGACUGGAUGUAUUCUACCACCCCUAUAAUGUGUUGCUACAAGCUCGUCACUGUUCACUUUAAAUGGACUGGACUAAGUGGUUUUGUGGAAAAAACCAUACAAAAGCAAUACUCUAAGAUAUUUACGAGAUUUCACAGAGAUGCUUUCUGCUGGAUUGAUUACUGGAUUGAUCUCAACGAAGACGAAUUGAGGGAGUUUGAAGAAAAGAUCGCGGAGCAACUCCUUAAACAAUUGGCAGAACCAGAGAAAAGAGGAGCUACUCUCGACGAUAGACCUAUCAUAGACUAA